AUGGAUGGUAGCAAUCGCGGUGAUGAUGUGUUCAAAGAGUCAGAAGAGUCACUUGAAAUACUUGUGAUGACGAACCCGGGUGAUAUUGGGAUCACUAUAAUUGAUUCCGUAUUGAAUAUAGGUGAGACAAAUUCAGAACAAAACAGUGAACCUCAAGACGCGCAGUCUUUAAUUGUGUUUGGCAGUGCUCGACCAGUAGAUGUGAUAUCUGAUUUAUCCACACAUACCCUUUCGUUUCCUGUAAGUCAGCCUAUAGAAGUAGAACCGCAUGAUACAGAACCUGCCGCCGAAGUACCGUUUGCAGCAAUUCCUCGACUUUUUGGUCCUGCAGAAGAUUUUGUCGUACAAUUUUCUACACAAGUUCAAGUUGUCAGUCCAGCAAUGGACCUUGAUUUGUAUCCGGCUACUCAUCCGUAUGACCGUGAAACAACAGCCGAGCUUCUUGUUGAGAGUCCAGAUUUACUUCCUGCAGAAGUAGUUGAAACGACGGUCGACGAAGGACCACACACUGAGGCAGAUAUAGAUCAAAUUCCCGGUGAGCAUGUCGUUAAUGAUAUUGUUCCGACCAAUACCGAUAAUGAAGGUAUUAAUAAUCCCCCAGAAAUCAUGAUAACUUCUCCUGUGGCUCCGGCACUCAUAGAGGAUGGUCAUACGAAUGAAUCGUCCGAGGUUGAACCUUCGCCAACUGUUGGACCAGCUCGUAGCAGCGAGCAAAUUGGCACGGCAGAUACUGACUCACCAGUUCUUCAUCAUCCUGGGCUGCAACAAUUACCGGCAACAUCGUCACCUUUAGAAGCAAUGGACCAAACACCAACUGUUACUACAACGACCGACAAUUCUCGACUAUCAAUCGACACGACCGCUCAUCUUGCAGUUCCUGUAUCACCAUCGGCAAGGGAGCGAAGAUCGAAAUCAUCAAACGUGGCCCAACGUGUCCAUUUUAACGAUAGACGACGAAAUUCGAAUCCAGAAACUAAGCUUGUACAUUUAAACUAA